AUGACUGGCACCCGCCUGGCUGGGUCGCGCUCCGUCUGGACGCACGCGCCGGGUGCGGCCGGUCUGGACCAGACCUGCACGAACUGCAGUGACUGGGAGCUGCAAGCGCUCGAGCUGGUGAAGCAGAGGAUCCUGGAUCACCUGGGGCUGAAGGAGCCGCCGCGCAAACCGUUCAAAGCGCCGUCCGGCCUGAUGGCCCCCGUGCUCCGUGAGUGGCGCCAGAUGAACAAGCACAAGCAACUCCCGUUCAUGGACGACGCUCAAGAAAGCGCCCGCAGGCAGGCCGUGAUCAUCGUGGCCACGCGCACACCGAUGGCCGAGGGUGUUGGCCUCCUGGCUGACACCUCCCUGGCCGACGAGAUCCUCUACUUCGAACUGCCACCCGACCUGUCUCCUCGCUCACUGAGCAGCGCCCGCAUCCUCCUGCAAGCUGGAGGGACUGAUGACUCGCGACCCGCCGUACAAGACGCCCUCUAUGCGAAACUGUACCAGCCGGUUCCUGUCGGAAGCACCUACAUACUCGAGGACUUCGCAACGCGGACGAUACAGCAGCAUGACAUCGAGUACGACUUUGUGUCAAUAGAUGUCACGGACCUAGUCUCUGGUUGGCUCAAAUCUCCCAGAGACAACAACGGGGUCGUCGUGAGGAGCAUUAACCACAAUGGCACCCAGAACCACGCUCUGUUUAGCGCUUUGGAAGGGGAAGGCCUGCCCACUUCACAGGAGCAGUCGACGAUUCUGGAGGUGCAGCUGGAGCCGACGCCGGCGGCCGGUCGUGACCGGCGCGCGGUCGACGGCAGCGAAAUGUGCGCCGACGGCGGUUCCACUAAGAGCUGCUGCCUGUACCCGCUCGAGGUGGACUUCCUCCGCUUCUCCUGGGACUGGGUGAUCGCGCCCACAGUCUACCAAGCCAACUACUGCCGCGGCGAGUGCCCGCCCGUCUAUCUGCAGCAGUACCCGCACGCGCACAUCGCCGAACAGAUCGGCGGCAAUGCCGGCCCCUGCUGCGGCCCGCGCCGCCUGGACGGCCUGCUCAUGCUUUACUGGGACCCGGAGGGGCGCAUCAGGCUUGACAACCUGCCGGACAUGAUCGUGAGAAACUGCGCCUGUCUGUAAAGGCGCGCGGCCGCGCUCGCCGAACGCUUUGGGCAAGGACGGAGGCGCACGAGGACAGUGGCGGUGCUCACCUGAAGGCGAGCCCUCCUCAGAGGCAGACAGCUCGGCCUGGUUACUGCGUCCCGUCCCGUCCCUUCCCGUCCCGUCGCGGCAGCCACAUUCAGGAACCCAGCCGGGGCGCGUGGCCCAGCGGACAGCUGCGCGGUGAGGACGGUCAAGGGCAUGGCAAGGGGCAAGAUGAUCUUUUAUUGCCUCGACUCGCCUCAGAUUCGAGUCGACGGACCCGUGCGUAACGAAAGCCCAAGCGCGCAUUGGGCCGCUUGUGCACCUUAGUGCUGUGAUAACCGUCUCAAGAUGACGCCCAUGCGAGCUGCGCUACCACUCGUGGUCUUUCCAUGGCUCUGUUACAUCGGCGUGCAGGCAGUCGUGCCCCAUGACUUCGCACUUGGGGUUACGUUUAGUGGGUGUGCAUACAUUUGUAAGACAUUUGUUGAUGUCAGCAUGAUAUCCCUUUAGAGCGUACGUGCAGUGAGCUGUGUGCGAUUGCUCGUCUUACCUUAGCAACUGAUGUGACAGCGGUGAAGCAUCUAUCUUUACGCUGAAGAUAUUCCCUUUAGAGCGUACGUGCAGUGAGCCGUGUGCGAUUGCUCAUCUUACCUUAGCCAACUGAUGUGACAGCGGUGAAGCAUCUAUUUUUACGCUGAAGAUAUCCCCUUUGGAGCGUACGUGCAGUGAGCUGUGUGCGAUUGCUCAUCUUACCUUAGCCAACUCAUGUGACUGCGGUGAAGCAUCUAUUUUUACGCUGACGAUAUCCCCUUUAGAGCCUACGUGCAGUGAGCUGUGUGCGAUUGCUCAUCUUAUUUUAGCCAGCUGAUGUGGCAGCGAUGAAGCGUCUAUUUUUACGCUGAAGAUUCCAUUGGACCAAUACACGAUCCACGCAGAAUCCAAAACAGUAUCGCUGGCUGUGUUCAUGCGGAUCGACAGCCCAAGCCUGACACACUACACCGCGUGUGUCGCGGGACCUUGGACGCUGGCAAGGCCUGGCAAACGUCCGGUCCUGCCUAAAUUUCGUUUACGUUUGGUACAUGCCACAAUGACAUGGGCUAAAUUUAUAACGUCUAAGUAAACCCCAUUCAACGUCCAGGGAGCGCAGCACCAGCGCACAACCGGCACAAAAUGUUAUGGCCAGAGCUAAUGGCACCA